AUGGUGACCUUGCCUCUAAAAUUAUUAGGCGACAAUUUGGGCCAACGGCAUCGCUACUUAAAUUCCCAAGUAAAUCUGGCCAUCGCUGCCGGCCAGGAUUGUUUUCAAGACAUCGAAGCUCUAAGUGAACAGACGGCAGUUGAUCGGCUUUUUAAAAUAGACGUCGCAAAUAGAGUGAAGAAUGUUGAAUAUAUUCUCAAAAAUCUAAGAGAUGACGAUUUAUUGUAUGUCAGCAGAGCGUUGAAAUGUAAAUGGCUUGUAAAGCGACGUGAUCUUAUCAAUCCCCAUUAUUUAGAAGAUGUACUUUUCCCACAAAUGGUGAUGCCAGCUAUCACCAAAAUGAAACACUGGUUAUAUAUCAACUUAACUGAUCCUUUAACAAGCGAAGAAUUUUAUCUAUAUUACAAAAGUAGAAAUUUUUAUUUCGCUGUAAAGUUCCUACGUCAUUGUAAUAUUGAAUUCCUACUGAACGAGUUUCCUAAGAUAUUGAUCCAGAUAAACCCUCACGAUCUGAAAGUCCUCGGAGAAAAAUAUCCUAAACUAGUCAAAAUAUACUUUGAAUCAUUAGUAACAGAUAAUGAGUUAGUAAAAGUCUAUCUAGAACAUGAAGCAGCAUUUUAUAACAAUUACUUAAGCUGGUGGUUUUCGUAUGCAAAUGUGGAGCCUCUGGUGAAGCGCAUCAACCGCAACAGCAGAGCGGCUUUCAAGAAGCGAGUGUUUGUUGAGAAGGAUGUUGGCGAACGCGUAAAUGAGUGGCCGUACAGCCUUCCUAGCUCACCAGUUAUUGAUGAUGCGAAUUGCGACAACCUACACGUAUUUGACGACCUGGAUUUUGAGCCAAUACAAUUAUCACGAAAUCGCAAAAUGAUGAAAAGAAUUGUAAAGAAAAAAAAAGGUUUGGCUUCGGAAUACGUUGUGAUAAGUGAUUGCUCGUCAAAAUCGGACUUGCAGAAAUUAUUCGACGAGUUUAGGUUUGUAGGGUUCGAUGGGACGCUCUAUGAACUAAAAGGGCGACUAGGAGCGGCUACUUCGGCAGAUAGGCGUCGAGAUAUGUUGCUAGUGUUGGUAAGCAAGACCGGCGGUCACGCGAAGAACGUAGAGUCACUACUGCGCUUAGCAUUGAGGCUACGAAAUGAGCCUGUUCAUGAACGUGCUGCUAUUGUCCGAAGUCUAGUGAAGCGUGCAAGAGCUUGGUGCCUCCCUAAUGAUGUUUGGAACAUGAUGCUGGAAUAUGCGAGCGGACUUGGUUUGGACGGAACGCCAUCCGAGGCUCAAUGUCGUGAAGGGCUACAUGCCGUAGUGCUUCGUCAACUUCUAACUGCCGGUGAAUGCGAAUCGGCAGUACGUUCCGCCUUUCUUGAUGAUUUCUCCACACUAGAGGAAUACAAGCUUACUGCAAACGAGCGGUUAGAAGUAGCUCUUGGUUUACAACAUAUUUUACUCUCAGCUGCUUCUGAUGCCAAACCUAUAGAGGCUGCACGCCACCUCAAUAAUCUGCUUGACAUGCUUGAAAGAUACCAGCUUCCUUUUAAAGCAGUUGUAUCUGCUGUUGCGGAACUGGCGUAUCGUGAUUGGGAAGUAGCUUGUUCAUUACUGAUGCGUCUAUAUGAUGCUCGUGUUGGUCGUCGUGAGCUUAUCCUGUCAGCCAAUGUAAGACAUAGUCUUAGUAUACAGUGUCUAUUUAAAGAGAUGGCACUGAUUCUACCUACGACUUUAUCAGGCGACAGCCUAGGAGAAAGACAUCGUCGCCUCAACUUACAAGUAAAUCAGGCGGCUACUGCUGGUCAGGUGUCUGCUCAAGAUAUCGAAGGUCUCACUGAACAAACAGCGGUUAAUCGACUCAUUAAGAUAGAUAUCGCUAUUAAACUAAAGAAUAUUGAUUAUAUUGUCAAAAGUCUAAAAGAUGACGACAUGUUGUAUGUCAGCAGAGCCUUAAAAUGUAAAUGGCUCCUAGAGCGACGUGAUAUAGUAAAUCCUAAUUAUUUAGAAGAUGUACUUUACCCACAGAUGGUCUUGCCAGCCAUUUCCAAAUUUAAACACUGGCUGUAUAUCAAUCUAAGUGAUUCUGUUGCGUGCCAAGAAUUUUAUGAGUAUUACAAAAAUAUAAAAUUUGAUUUCGCUGUUAAAUUUUUACGUCAUUGUGAUAAUGAAUUUCUUCUAAAGGAGUUUCCUAAGGUAUUAACUCAGAUAAAUCCCCAUUACCUGAAAGUGCUUGGAGAGAAGUGCUCUAAACUAGUCAAAAUUUACUAUGAUUCGUUUUCAUCAGAUAACGAAUUAGUUAAGAGUAGAGCUGCUUUUAAGAAAAGAGUAUUCGUUGAAAAGGAUAUUGGAGAACCUGUGGCCGAAUGGCCAUACGCACUUCCAACGUUACCAGUAGUCAAUGACUCGAGCACUAUUGACUCGCAUGUAUUCCAUGAUCAAGACUAUGAGCCAAUACAAUUGGGUAAUAAUUUUGGGUUUAGGCGAAUGUUAAAGAAAAGAAAGUAUUGCUCCUAUAUGGAGGCAGACUGCUUGCAAAGUGAAUGCAUAAGAGUAAAGUCAGAACUUCAGAAGCUAUUUGAUGAGUUUAGGAUCGUAGGUUUUAAUGGAACACUACAUGAGUUACGUGGACGAAUAAAUGCGGUCAGUUCAGCUGAUAGGCGUCGUGAUAUACUGCUAGUGUUAGUUAGCAAAAGUGGCGGACGCCCAGAAUGUGUGCGCUUAAUAAUGGAACUGGCAUUGCGAUUUCGGAAUGAGCCUGUACACCAGCGUGCUACUAUUGUACGUAGCCUUGUAAAACGAGCAAGCGCUUGGCGAUUACCGCAAGAUGUGUGGGACUCAAUGUUGGAGUAUGGUCAAGGACUCGGCCUCGAUGGUACACGAUCUGAAGCUCAGUGCCGCGAAGGACUUCACGCAGUAGUACUCCGUCAGCUUCUGACUACUAGAGACUGUGUGGGAGCAGUGCGUACUGCUUUUCUUAGAGACUUUUCUACACUUGAAGAGUACAAGCUUACUACAGCAGAACGUUCAACGAUUGCUGCUGGUUUGCAGCAUAUUUUGACGUCAGCUGCUAGAGAUGCAAAACCGGAGGUAUCAGCGAGCUAUCUUGAUCGUUUACUUUAUGUGUUUGAGAAGUAUCGUAUUCCAUUUAACUCGGUAGUAGCAGACAUCAAAACACUUGCAGAUCGUGAUUCUGAAGUAGCCAGAUCGCUGUUGCAGCGUCUAUACAAGGCCCGUGUUGGUCGUCCUAAGAUGGCACUGAUUCCACCUACGACUUUACCGGGCGACAGCCUAGGAGAAAGACAUCGUCGCCUCAACUUACAAGUGAAUCAGGCGGCUACUGCUGGUCAGGUGUCUGCUAAAGAUAUCGAAGGUCUCACUGAACAAACAGCGGUUGAUCGACUCAUUAAGAUAGAUAUCGCUAUUAAACUAAAGAAUGUUGAUUAUAUUGUCAAAAGUCUAAAAGAUGACGACAUGUUGUAUGUCAGCAGAGCCUUAAAAUGUAAAUGGCUCCUAGAACGACAUGAUAUAGUAAAUCCUAAUUAUUUAGAAGAUAUGCUUUACCCACAGAUGGUCUUGCCGGCCAUUUCCAAAUUUAAACACUGGCUGUAUAUCAAUCUAAGUGAUCCUGUUGCGUGCCAAGAAUUUUAUGAGUAUUACAAAAACAUAAAAUUUGAUUUCGCUGUAAAAUUUUUACGUCAUUGUGAUAAUGAAUUUCUUCUGAAGGAGUUUCCUAAGGUAUUAACUCAGAUAAACCCCCAUUACCUGAAAGUGCUUGGAGAGAAGUGCCCUAAACUAGUAAAAAUUUACUAUGAUUCGUUUUCAUCAGAUAACGAAUUAGUUAAGCGAGCUGCUUUUAAGAAACGAGUAUUUGUUAAGAAAGAUGUUGGCCAACGUGUGGCUGAAUGGCCGUACGCACUUCCAGAAUCACCUGUAGUCAAGGACUUGGGUACGACCGAGUCGCAUGUAUUCGAUGAUCAAGAUUAUGAACCAAUCGAAACGAACUGGUAUAUAGGAUACGAACGGAUGUCGAUGGUAAUGAAGUGUUGUGACCACUCCGUAGUAAUGUGUGACUCAAUGGAAAGUGAUGACGUAAAUCAUAGAACAAAAUCAGAACUUGAAAAACUAUUCGAUGAGUUUAGGUUCGUAGGUUUUAACGGAACUCUACAUGAGUUGCGUGGGCGCAUAAAUGCAGUCAGUUCGGCUGAUAGACGUCGUGACAUGCUGCUAGUGUUAGUUAGUAAAAGUGGCGGGCGUCCCGACUGUGUGCGCGAAAUGCUUCAAUUUGCAUUGCGAUUUCGAAAUGAGCCUGUACACGAGCGUGCUACUAUUGUCCGUAGCCUUGUAAAGCGAGCAAACGUUUGGCGAUUACCGCAGGAUGUGUGGGACUCAAUGUUGGAGUAUGGUCAAGGACUCGGCCUCGACGGUACACGAUCUGAAGCCCAGUGCCGCGAAGGACUUCACGCAGUAGUAGUCCGUCAGCUUCUAACUACUGGAGACUGUGUGGGGGCAGUGCGUUCUGCUUUUCUUGAAGACUUUUCUACACUUGAAGAGUACAAGCUUAAUACAGCAGAACGUGCAACGAUUGCUGAUGGUUUGCAGAAUAUUUUAACGUCAGCUGCGAGUGAUGCAAAAUCAGAGGUAUCAGCGAGCUAUCUUGAUCGUUUGCUUGAUGUGUUUGAAAAGUAUCGUAUUCCAUUUAACUCAGUAGUAGCACACAUUAAAACACUGGCAGAUCGUGAUUCUGAAGUAGCCACAUCGCUGUUGCAGCGUUUAUACAAGGCCCGUGUUGGUCGUCCUAUUGUCAUCCGAUAUUUAAUGCUGAGCGAAAGCGACGAUGAAGAGAAAUCUAGGUUUGAACAGAUAGGACAACCGUUUUUGGAAAAAAUUACUUCGUUUCGUCAGGGGGACGAUGAAUUUCGAGAAUUUACACGUCUGUAUUACAUGAACAUUGAUAAAAUAAUCUUUUCAUCAAAUCACACCUCAAGUAAUAGUACAUUGCGACGAACUAAGAUGGCACUGAUUCUACCUACGACUUUAUCGGGCGACAGCCUAGGAGAAAGACAUCGUCGCCUCAACUUACAAGUAAAUGAGGCGGCUACUGCUGGUCAGGUGUCUGCUCAAGAUAUCGAAGCUCUCACUGAACAAACAGCGGUUGAUCGACUCAUUAAGAUAGAUAUCGCUAUUAAACUAAAGAAUGUUGAUUAUAUUGUCAAAAGUCUAAAAGAUGACGACAUGUUGUAUGUCAGCAGAGCCUUAAAAUGUAAAUGGCUCCUAGAACGACGUGAUAUAGUAAAUCCUAAUUAUUUAGAAGAUGUGCUUUACCCACAGAUGGUCUUGCCGGCCAUUUCCAAAUUUAAACACUGGCUGUAUAUCAAUCUAAGUGAUCCUGUUACGUGCCAAGAAUUUUAUGAGUAUUACAAAAAUAUAAAAUUUGAUUUCGCUGUAAAAUUUUUACGUCAUUGUGAUAAUGAAUUUUUAUUGAAGGAGAUUCCUAAGAUAUUAACUCAGAUAAACCCCCAUUACCUGAAGGUGCUGGGAGAGAAGUGCCCUAAACUAGUCAAAAUUUACUAUGACUCGUUUUCAUCAGAUAACGAAUUAGUUAAGAGAGCUGCUUUCAAGAAAAGAGUAUUUGUUAAAAAAGAUGUUGGCGAACGUGUGGCUGAAUGGCCAUACGCACUUCCAGCAUUACCAGUAGUCAAGGACUUGGGUACGAACGAGUCGCAUGUAUUCCAUGAUCAAGACUAUGAACCAAUCCAAUUGAAAUGGUAUUUAGGAUAUGGGCGGAUGGCGAUGAGAAAUAAGUGUUGUGCCUACACAGCAGGAAUGUGUGCCUUAAGGGAAAGUGAUUACAUAAAUCAUAGAAUGAAGUCAGAACUUGAGAAACUCUUCGAUGAGUUUAGGUUCGUAGGUUUUAACGGAACUCUACAUGAGUUGCGUGGACGCAUAAAUGCAGUCAGUUCGGCUGAUAGACGUCGUGACAUGCUGCUAGUGUUAGUAAGUAAAAGUGGCGGGCGUCCUGACUGUGUGCGCGAAAUGCUGCAAUUUGCAUUGCGAUUUCGAAAUGAGCCUGUACACGAGCGUGCUGCUAUUGUCCGUAGCCUUGUAAAACGAGCAAACGUUUGGCGUUUACCGCAGGAUGUGUGGGACUCAAUGUUGGAGUAUGGUCAAGGACUCGGCCUCGACGGUACACGAUCAGAAGCUCAGUGUCGCGAAGGACUUCACGCAGUAGUACUCCGUCAGCUUCUGACUACUGGAGACUGUGUGGGGGCAGUGCGUUCUGCUUUUCUUGAAGACUUUUCUACGCUUGAAGAGUACAAGCUUAAUACAGCAGAACGUGCAAAAAUUGCUGAUGGUUUACAGCAUAUUUUAACAUCAGCUGCGCGUGAUGCAAAACCGGAGGUAUCAGCGAGCUAUCUUGAUCGUUUACUUUAUGUGUUUGAAAAGUAUCGUAUUCCAUUUAACUCGGUAGUAGCAGACAUUAAAACACUGGCAGAUCGUGAUUCUGAAGUAGCAAGAUCGCUGUUGCAGCGUCUCUACAAGGCUCGUGUUGGUCGUCCUAUUGUCAUCCGAUAUUUAAUGCUGAGCGAAAGCGACGAAGAAGAGACAUCUAGGUUUGAACAAAUAGGACAACCGUUUUUGGAAAAAAUUACUGCAUUUCGUCAGGGCGACGAUGACUUUCGAAAUUAUAAAUAA